AUGCCUUCUGUUUGUGUUCCGAACGCCGUCACUUUCUCUCCGUCGUUGAAUGCGCGCUCCCGUUGCCGGAACCCUAAUUUCCUCCGCAAAAUCUAUCCUCCGGGAUCGCUCCGAAAUCGGUUGCACGUCGUUAAUCCGAUGGCAAGAUCACCUUUUUCUCUACCGCCAACUAAAGAACUCAUCUCUGCCGGCGACAUCCGCCACGUUUCCUCCCGUCCUCAAAGCCUGCGCCAAUCUCAAGCUCUUCGACCAUGGAGAAUCGAUCCACGCCGAUGUCAUCAAGAUGGGCUUCGCUUCCUACAGCUCCACCUGCAACACCAUCAUGAGCCUGUACAUCAAGCGCGGAGCCACCUACUGCGCACUGAACCUGUUCGGCGAAAUGCCUCAGAGAGAUUCGAUAUCUUGGAACGUCAUAAUCCAUGGUUUAUCGAGUUGCCGAGACUCCGAAGCCGGGAUGGGAUUCUUCCGGCAAGCCCGAACCCUGGGGUUUGAGCCAAAUGUGGCCACAUUGGUGCUUGCAAUUCAAGCUUCAUGGAAGCUGAAUGAUGUGGAUGAAGGUUUAAAAUUGCAUGAUCUUGUUCUAAAGAAUGGAUUUUUGGCUGAUGUUUCUGUUCAAAAUUCCAUGAUUUCCAUGUAUGCAAAGGUGGGAGAUAUUGAUUCUGCACGGAGAGUUUUCGAUGAGAUCACGGAGAAGGAUGUGAUAUCUUGGAGCUCCCUGAUCGGUGGAUAUGUACAAAAUGGACAAGCUGUCCUGGCAUUGCAGUUGUUUCGUGAUAUGUCUAGCGAAUGUGACAUGGAUGAGCUAACCGCUGCUUCUGUUCUUCAAGCUUGCAGCUUUGCGGAGGAUGUCCACCAGGGUAGCUCAUUCCAUUGUCACUUGAUUCGCAAAGGUAUCGAACACGACUUGUUUGUUCAAAAUUCUUUGAUUGACAUGUACUCGAAGUGCAAUGAUGUGGAUUCUGCACGCAAUAUAUUUGAUAUGAUGAGCGAUCGGAACAGUGUGUCAUGGAACACUAUGGUAUCUGGUUUACUCCGCAAUGAAAGGCAUCAAGAGGCAGUGGCAUUGUUCAAUUCAAUGAAGAAAAGUGGAGUUCUGAUUGACGAGGUUGCGCUAGUGAACUUGAUGCAAUCAUGUAAGAAACUUAAUCAGGUAAUUUGGUGCAAGUGCAUCCAUUCCAUGAUCAUCAAGAAGGAAUUCGCCUCGAGUACCAUUGUGCUGAACAAUUUGAUGGAUGCUUAUGUGAAAUGCAACAGUGUAGAACUCGCUGCAAAAUUAUUUAACCGAAUGGAGAGCAGAAAUGUAAUCUCAUGGAGUAUUAUCAUUGCAGGCUCUGCGCGCAAUGGCCAGCCAGAUAACGCGAUCGCGAACUUCAUACAAAUGUGGCUGGCAGGGGAGCAACUGAAUCCAGUUGCAAUGCUGAGUGUUCUGGAGGCAUGUGCUGUUGCUGCGGAGCUCAAAUUGUCAAAGUCUGCUCAUGGUAUCGUUUUAAGGAACCAGUUUGCGAGUGACCUAUCUAUUGGUACUGCAAUUCUCGACAUGUAUGCUAAGUGUGGUGAUGUAAGUUCGGCAAGAAAAGUGUUUGAGAGCACCGUAGAGAAGAAUGUUACAACUUGGAAUGCGAUGAUAGGGGCAUUUGGAAUGAAUGGAUGCCCACGAGCUUCACUUGUGGUUUUCAGUGAGAUGGUAUCACAAAAUGUGAAGCCCAAUGAAGUGACUAUCCUUGCCGUGUUGUCGGCGUGUAGCCAUGGAGGUUUAGUCGAAGAAGGGCUCUCUAUUUUUAAGAGUAUGACCUCGGAUCCUUCUCUUCGUGCUACUGUGGAGCACUACUCGUGUGUUGUGGACAUGUUGGGAAGAGCGGGAGACCUUGAAGGUGCUUUAGAGGUGAUCGAAAGGAUGCCCGAAGCUGGCCCUGCCGCUUGGAGUUCCCUGCUGAGUGCGUGCAGGAGUCGCGGAAACUGCAAAGUUGGGCAAAAUGCAGCUGCCCGAAUCCUAGAACUAGAGCCUUCGAAUCCGGCAGGGUAUUUGCUGACAUCGAGUAUGUAUGCAAAAGAUGGAUCCGUCGAUGAAAUGGCACGAACGAGAUUGUUGUUGAGGAAAAAGGGUGUGAAGGUUAUCGGCGGUUACAGUUUGGUCCGUACCGAUGGAAAGGCACACAAGUUUGUUUCUUGGGAUGGAUCUCACCCUCAAAGUAAAGAGGUAUACUCCAUGAUUGAAUUCCUGCACAAUUGUAUGCGUUUGUCUGAUAAGAAUGACUUCUUAUAAUCUCACAAGCAAGAUUUGGAAGAUUCUUCGAUUUUAAACCUAGAUUUUUUAUAGGCUUUUCAGGAAAAGUAUGCAAAUAUAAAUGACAGAUAUUUA